GUUUCCUGGCACUUUAAGGCUCAGCCACUCCAGUUAGUUUCCUAACUCGUUUCCUUCCCUUGCAGAUGCCUCGUUCCAGAAGGUUUCAGUCUUUGGAACGCAGCAGCCGGGGCAGCUACCACGAAUGUUACAGAAGCCGGAAGCACAAGCGACGACGGAGUCAUUCCCGAUCAAGUAGCAGCGAGCGACGGCAUCACAGAGAGGACAGCUAUCACGUCCGAUCCCGGAGUUAUGACGAUCACUCGUCUGACCGGCAUGCCUACGACCGGCGAUACUUGGAUGAUUACCGGCGAGACGGCUACAGCGAGCGGGGUGAUGCUUAUUACGAGCCUGAAUACCACCCUUCCUACGAGUACCAGCAUUCCCGGGAUGGCAGUUACCGGGACUGCAAGAGGAAGCGGCGGCGGCGGAGACGGCGCCGUAGCCGUUCCUUCAGCCGCUCGUCCUCGCAGAGUCGUCCCGGCAGCAGGAGAGCCAAGAACGUGGAGGACGACGUGGAAGGCCACCUCAUCUAUCGCAUCGGGGACUGUCUCCAAGACAGAUAUGAGGUCAUCAGCACCCUCGGGGAAGGCACCUUUGGCCGGGUGGUGCAGUGUAUUGAUCACCGCAGAGGCAACACCCGCGUGGCUCUCAAAAUCAUCAAGAACGUAGAAAAAUAUAAAGAAGCCGCUCGCCUGGAGAUCAAGGUGCUGGAGAAAAUUAACCAGAAAGAUCCGGAGAAUAAAAACCUGUGUGUCCAGAUGUAUGACUGGUUUGACUACCACGGCCACAUGUGCAUUUCCUUUGAGCUCCUGGGCCUCAGCACGUUUGAUUUCCUGAAGGACAACAACUAUCUGCCGUAUCCGCUCCACCAGAUAAGGCAUAUGGCCUACCAAGUGUGCCAGGCUGUCAGAUUUCUGCACGAGAACAAGCUCACCCAUACGGACCUCAAGCCGGAGAACAUCCUCUUUGUCGUUUCGGACUACGAGAUGACCUACAACCUGGAAAAGAAGCGAGACGAACGAAGCGUCAAGAACACGGCCAUCCGGCUGGUGGAUUUUGGCAGCGCCACCUUUGACCACGAGCAUCACAGCACCAUUGUCUCCACGCGGCACUAUCGGGCGCCCGAGGUCAUUCUAGAACUCGGCUGGGCCCAACCGUGCGACGUCUGGAGCAUUGGCUGUAUCCUCUUUGAGUAUUAUAUGGGCUUCACGUUGUUUCAGACCCACGAUAAUCGCGAACAUCUGGCCAUGAUGGAGCGCAUCUUAGGCCCCAUCCCAUCCCGGAUGAUCCGAAAAACAAGGAGGCAGAAGUAUUUCUACCACAGUCGUUUGGACUGGGAUGAGAAUACCUCCGCGGGGCGCUACGUGCGGGAGAAUUGCAAGCCGCUGCGGGACCCGGGCAUAACUCAGCACAGGCCGAAAACAGACUAUGCCACCCUGGAUGUUUAUAAUCCUUUCGACAACGCAGGGCUUCCCCCGCCGUAUGAGCCCUCAGCCUCCGUUCCCACAAUCCCCUCUGUGCCUGCAGCUCCUGUCUCGGAGGCCCCCAAGAAGCAAAUCUCUGCGGAGCCCAGGAAUUACGGUUCAUACGGGACCCCGGGAGCAACCAGCACGGCUACUGCUGAACUCUUAAAACGCCAAGAAGAGCUGAAUCGGAAAGCUGAGGAGCUGGAUCGAAGGGAGCGAGAGCUGCAGAAUGCCGCCCUUGGCAGCGGAGCAGCUCGGCAGAACAACUGGCCACCGCUGCCUUCCAUAUGCCCCGUGAAGCCCUGUUUUUAUCAGGAUAUUUCUGUAGAGAUUCCUGUGGAUUUUCAAAGGACGGUCACCAUCAUGUACUACCUCUGGAUGGCCAGCACUGUGGCCCUUUUCUUCAAUUUCCUGGCCACCCUGGUCUGGUUCUGCGUGGAGACCUCAGGCGGUUCCGGAUUUGGCCUCUCCAUCCUCUGGGUCCUGAUUUUCACGCCCUGCUCCUUCCUGUGCUGGUUUCGGCCCAUGUACAAAGCCUUCCGGAGCGACAGCUCUUUCAACUUCUUCAUCUUCUUCUUCAUCUUCUUCGCGCAGGACGUGAUCUACGUCCUGCAGGCCAUCGGGAUCCCAGGUUCGGGCUUCAGCGGUUGGAUUAUCAGCUUCGUAGCCCUGAAUGAGCACCCCGGCGUGGGCAUUUUCAUGAUUCUAGUAGCCACAUUGUUCACCGUUGUGGCCGGGCUGGGCAUCAUCAUGCUGAAACGGAUCCACUCCCUCUACCGCCGGACAGGGGCCAGCUUCCAGAAAGCCCAGGCCGAGUUUGCCGCCGGGGUCUUCUCCAACCAGGCCGUCCGCACGGCGGCCGCCAACGCCGCGGCCGGGGUGGCCACCAACACCUACCAGGGCCCCUGAAGGAGCAGCUGUGCGCAGGGACCCAACGGUCCUCCGGCCUCUUCUCGCCGGGGCGCCUUCCACUGAACACCCUCCCCGCUGCCGCCUUGAACUCCUUCCUUUGUGCUGAUCCAAGAAUCUUAAGCUCGGUAAUCUCAGCAAGGAAUCGGGGCUCACGAUGGAUCCCGCCCCCCACCCUCUGGGGCCGAAGAUGCUGACCCCUGAAAGCUGCUUGGAUUUUCUCUCUCUCCACCAUGGAGCCACGGAGGAUGGAGCCCCUAUUUUUCCCUUCCUGCGACUUUCCCGACUUCUCUAGACCAAGAGAAGUGGGGGGGCCUUUCCUCCUCACUCUUGUUCUGGCAAACCCCCCCCCCCAAUAUUUGGACGGCUUUUCCCCCUGUCUUUCUGUCUUCCCCUCCCUCCCUCGCUGUCCCCCAGACCCUCCCUGCAUUAAUUUAAGCUGGAUGGCUUCCCUUGCCCCCCACCCCGCUGCAGCCAAACCCGUUUUCAGCAGAUUUCCCGAGCUGAGCACGCCCCGUUCGUUCCUCCCUCCAUUAACAGUUUUUUUCCCCCCUCCUUUUUUAAAAAUAUUGAUCGCUUCUGCCAGCGCUGGCCGCCGGGGGCGGGGCAAGGUCAAUUCCUGCAGGUUUAUUAGCAACAGGAACAAUUUAAUUUUGGCUCGGGAGCCCGGGGGUGGGGGCACCUCCGGCCACCGCAGUUGCUUCUCGGCCCCUUGGGUGCCUUUUGUUUUAGUGCUGCCGGGGGUGAGUCUCCAAAUCUCGAGAAACGGGGCAGCUCAAGGUGUCUUGGCUCUCAGAUUUUCCUUUUCGGAGCCUGUCGAAAGGCGGGGAGGACAGAGGGAGGGCCAUGCUCACCUACUCGAAGUUUGCAGCACGUUGCAGCCACAGGGCCCUUGAUGGAUUUUUGGUUGAUCGAUUUCUCCCGAAUUACUUCUUUCGCCCUGUCUGUGGCUGGCUCCACAUUUCUCCCUUGCCAUCACCCUUCCUUCUGGGCCUCAUUUUAUUUGAUUUACUCUCCAAACCAGUG